AUGGGAAGAUUAUACCAUCUACUAUGUGAUGAUCUUCGGAAAUCAGCAAAAGCCUGUCUGAAAUACUUCCUUUCUCCGGAACUGGCAAACACGUACACCUUGCACGGAACCAGAAGUAAAUUUGGUAUUAGUAAGUACAAAUUUUACUCGACGGUUCAAAGUGCUUUGAGUUCACGUUUCAGAAGUGCAACCUGCCAGGAAAAGGAUAUAAUACACGCCAUGGCUACAGCAAGCCAGGCCUUCUUGCACUGA